CUGUAGGUCACGGUGAGAACUUGUGAAAUAGGUCAGUAGAUCGUAGUCUGCCCUAUCUGGCCUGAUACAGUGAUGUUGAUAGAUAGGCCUAGUGACUAUACUGACUGGAGACACGAAUGCCAUUGUUGUUAUCAAGACCUGACCUAGAUCAAGAUGUAUCGGAAAAUGGUUUGCACCAGUUAAAGCAAAUAUAGAUUGUGUGCAUGAUGUGAGAUAUGGCUGAUCGACAACACCAUGGGAUCAACAAUCUUGUUGUUAUCUCCCCUUACCAAGGGUUGUGGGAAUCUUAGUACUAUACAGAGGAUAAGCUCUCACCUAGAGAGUGCUGGUCACUCCUGUAUCCUACGGGACCCAGACACUAUCAGUGACUCAAACAGGAUACAGGAAAUAGCCAGCCAACUAAACAUCCAGAUGGUCCUAGCCCUACACGCCUACAAAGCUGGACGUCAUCUCCGAGGUACCAGCCUACCAUUCAUCCUGAUAUUUGGAGGAACAGACAUCAAUAUAUAUGCUAGAGAGCCUGAAAAACUGAAAGUCAUGACUGAGGUUGUGUUUCAUGCAAAGGGCCUCAUUGCAUUUGGCCAGUCUCUUCUUGAUGCUGCAAGGGCACUUUGGCCAUCCUUGGAUACCAAUAAAUGUUUUGAAAUCAAACAAGCUGUCGUGACCAAUCCGUCUGCUUUCUCAAUAACUGACUACUUACGACAAAAUGCUGGAGUGGAAAUUCCGUCAGACGUGAACCCGAAGGUCUUCCUGUUCGUCGGAGGAAUUCGUCCAGUCAAGGACCCACUUUAUCUAGUCAAGCACUUCAGCGUGUUGCACAGAAGAAGAAAAUAUGUCUUCUUUGUUAUUCUUGGGUCCAUGGCAGAUGAAUCCUAUAAUGACGAAUUCAUGGCUGGUAUCACUGGAUUGCCCGGGGUGGUUUAUUUACCCGGUCUGAGUUUAGAGGAUACACAUGGAGCUAUUAAAGGAAGCUUUGCUCUGGUCAACUCGUCCCGGAGCGAGGGAAUGGCUGUGGCUAUCUUAGAGGCUAUGGAUCUAGGAGUUCCUGUCCUAGUGCGGGACAUCCCUGGUAACCGCUCUAUAGUAAAGGACGGUGUCAACGGAUUUGUAUUUGCUUCACCAGAAGAAUUCAUACAGAAAUCUGAGGUCCUGUUGGAUGAACCCACUGUGGGAGCUAUGUUGGUGUCACACUCAACGGAAUAUAUAUCCGAACACCAUAAUGUGGUGGACGAGAGAACGAGAUACAUCGAGAUUACCUCCACGGCGUUAGGUUUGUCACAAAGUAGGAACUGAAUUGUUAUCAAAUAGGGACAGUUUAACACGUAUUGUGCCUUUGAUUAAUUAAUACAGUUAAAAUGAUAUGAUCGAUUAUGUGAUAUAUUAUAGAUGUGUCGUAUGAGUAGUUAUCUUUAGUAGACAUAUUAAAAAAUGAAACAAGCUACAAACAACGAAUGAUGUUAUAGUUAAUGUACAGUACAUGUAUAUGUAUUUCGUGAUAUUAAUUUACAUGGUUGUAUAUAUAAAAUUCUUAAAUAUAGACCUGGGAAUUUCUAUUAAUACGUUCUAAAUGUUUCUUUUUCGUUAAUAUUAAAGUGGUAAAGUGCAGGUAAUUGUUUCUUAUUGAAGUUUUAGCUUGUUCUUUGUUAUCUGUUAAGCGGAUACCAUGGGUAAAACAUUGGAUAUUAUUUUGUUUAUCAAACAAGCUGUGAUACAUACUGAUGAUCGAAUGAGUUACUCAUUAGUUUAUUUGUACUGAUACAAUACAUUCAGUCUAUGAGUGUGAGAAAUGUAGACGUAAUCGAGUCGUAGACUUUCCUUUCUGACUCGUACUCAAAGUGACGGUAGAGUGAAUUUGUUUAACCAUUCAUGUCCCGUCGAUUCACCUAUUUCUGUAUUACUGUAAUCGUACUUUAUUUGACGCACUCAAAUUUUAACGCAAAACAAAAUUAAAACAGAUUAGCGGAAUGAUGACUUAGCACCCCAACAAUAUUUGCCAAAGAAACCAAUUUACAUGUAGAUAAACUAUAAUUAAUAAAUAUCGCCAUCACAAUUUAGCAGAAUGCUUCCAGCGCGAAAAGCGUUAAAAUAGAAUUACCGCUAAAAUGUGUACGUUUACAGUAGUUUUGUUUUAGAAAUCUGCUUCCUUUUGAGUAUAGGUUUUUCUAAUUUAUCUGUAGUAUUAUUGAACUGUGCUAUGGGUUGACGUUUAGGGGUGUAAGUAAGCAUGUGAGAUCCGAGAAUGUGGUUCUUCACACAAAUAACAACUCCCCUUACAGUAUAAAUAAAUAUUCUUAUAUUUCUACCAUUGUUCUUCCCUUUACAUCUUGCACAUGUAUAUAGCUUUACUUAAAAAAAAACUAUAAACUUUAUUUAUUUUACAAUAAUUGCGAAACAAGUUGACAUUUCAUUUUCGGCGCUCAACCCUGUCUCAGGUCAAACUGAAAAAGAAAUCCAGAUAAAAUAUGUGCCAAUCCUGGGUAUGUGAUUAUUAAUGUAUUAAGAUUAUGUAUAUAUAUAUAUAUGUAUGUAUGCCAAUUCUGGAUUUGUAUGGGUGUAUUAAUUUAUGGUUGUUUUUUAUGUCUCCGAUAUAGAAUUAUAUAUUUUGGAUAGUCUGCCCAGAUAUUUACGAUUUUUUUACAUAAAGUACGUAAGACAUCAA